CGCCCUCGCCAGCUCGGCAGCUAAAACGCUUAGCGAAGUUCUUCGGGCAGGUGGUCCCCUAUCCGAGGUGCCAUGGAGUGGCGCUACAUCGUCUGCGCGGUCCUUGUCCUCUUCUUCCUGUGCGUCGCUGUCUGUCAUGGCGGCCAUGCUCAAGGCCCGUUUCAGGGCCUCCAAGACGCGAUGACCAACACCUCGUGGGAAGAUCAAGUUAACAAGUCCAAGGUCAACAUCGACGCCGUCGCCAACGAGAUCUUCCCCUACGUCGUGGAGGGCUCGUCGGAACUCGACGUCUCGGUUGACUGCAUGACGGCGUUGCUCAAGACCUUCAAGGCCUUCCGGGACCUCAGGGGAUGGGCCGUGAGACUGAUGGAUGCAUCGGGCAAGCUACCCGAGGGCCUUCUGGAAGGGCGUAUGGCGUCCAUCGGCUCCUACGACGAGUGUCUCGACCUGAUCGCGGAGUACAAGACGCAAGAGCUGUACCGUGGCAAGUACUGCACCGUCUUCCUCUCGUCGGGCCACAAUGUCCAGGAGAUGUUCAACAACGAGACUGAUGCCUCGGCGCACCUGUCGACGCUGCUCAGGCACCCUAAGCGGAUGACUCGGAUCGUGUAUCGUGUCUCUCCGGAGAGCCGCAAAUUUCGACUGGGUGUCUGCGUGCCCUCUGUUUGCACUCUCGACGACGUGCAAAAUGUGGUCGCUCACACAUCUUCGAAGUCGAUUGGUGCGAAGACACAAGUUAGCCGCUGUGUAGUCAAAGAAGACGUGUCGAUUAGCGGACUGCAGGUUUUCCUCAUAAUCACUCUGUGCGUGCUUGUUAGCGUCAUACUUGUAGCCACCAUUCUGGACAUGCGAGUGGAGGACAACGCCCAGAAAGCUCUGCCUGGUGCAGGUUGCCUGACCAACUGUCUGCUGUCGUUCUCAUUCGCUCGCAACCUGCGCCGUCUCACGGACCCCGUGGAGCCUCCGGAGUUGGGUGCAGCGCAGGGCGUGCAGGCGAUUAGCAUGGCUUGGCUCAUAUGCGGACACACCUACUUCCUCACUGAGAACACGCACAUGUUCAGUGGAUUGCUGAGGGCCUACGACAACAUCUCGAGUGACAUCCUCUUCUCGCCUUUUGUGAACUACACCCUGGCUGCCAACACCUUUUUCCUUGCCACCGGCCUAUUCCUGGCCUACAAGUGCGAGCUGUACUCUUACAAGUCGGUCUUUAGCAUUCUCCUGCAGAAAUACUUCCGAAUGACGCCGCCGUUCCUGGCCGUGCUGAGCGUGCUCCUGCUGCUGCCGCUGACCAACGACGGGCCAUUCUGGCAGGAUUAUGCUGGCGCUGAGAUCGAACGUUGCUCGGCGGUGUGGUGGACCAACCUCUUCUACAUAAGCAACUUUUGGAACGCAGAAAGCAUGUGCCUGUUCGUGACAUGGUACCCAGCUACGGUUAUUCAAUUCACCAUCAUAGGGCUCAUCUUUCUUAUUGUCAUAAAAAGAAACGCAAAGCUUGGCUAUUCGAGCGUUCUCGGCUUUGCCCUCGCUGGGUGCGUGGUCACUGGAGCCAUCACAUUUGCCAAGGAUUUGCCUCCAGGAAGCAUCUUCGAGCCGAAUUACAGGGAAGUCGAGCGCCUGUCCACGUGGAUAUACCACAAACCGUACACGCACUUGGGCUCAUUUUGCGUUGGCCUUGGCCUGGGAUGUCUUCUUAGUCACUUCGACAAAAACCGGCUUUCCAAGUUGGCGUACGCCAUGGGUUGGGUGGCAAGCCUGACGACGACCAGCGUGCUCUUCCACUGCGGCUUCGGCUGGAGUCUUGAGCCAGCCAGUCCAGCGGGAGCCUCGUUGUACGCGGCGUUGCACCGGACUCUGUGGGCGCUGGCCGUCGCCUGGGUCCUCUACGCCUGUUGCACCUUACACGCACGCUUGUUGAACGAGUGGCUCUCGUGGGGACCCCUGAAGGUGGUUGGCCGACUGAGCUACUGCAUGCUCUUGGUCCACCCGCUAGUCAUCGUGUCGCAAAAGUCGCAGAACCGGCACAUCACCUUCUUCUCGCACUUCGACAUGAUGCACCUCUUCUUUGGCCACUACGCCGUCACCUUAGUGCUGUCAUUCUUCGUGCACCUGGGCGUCGAGGAGCCGUUCGCUCAGUUAGGCGAGCUUCUCGGGUCGUGUGAAAUCACGUGCCCGCCCAGGCUCAAGCAGCUUACACAGAACCUUUAUGCCGGCGUGGCCACCCACAUGCGUCGCCGUGAGAGGCAGCAGCAGCAACAGCAGCAACAGCAGGCUGCGCCAAUCAGGAAAGAGGCACCCGAUGGUGGUAAGAAGGCCCAGCAGCAGUCGCAACAGCAGCAGCAACUGGACAAUCACCACACUGAUGUCGCCAUCGACGUGGACGUCGGCCACCAGCUAGAGAACGGCACUGAAGUGGCCGUAAUCAAGGAGAAUGGCAGGGACACGUCCCACGUCGUGAGGGACGGUCGCAGGGAUUCCAUUGGCAGCCCGGAAGCCGCCGUGUGA